AUGCCUCGCGGCCCAAACAUCCUCGUGACCGGCACGCCCGGAACUGGCAAGACGUCCAUGUGCCAGCAGCUCGCGGUCAAAGAGCGCGGCUUGCACAAUGGUCGCGACGAAGAGUUCGACUGCUUCGUGCUGGAUGAGGACAAGGUCUGCGAUGAGAUGGAAGACAUGAUGACUGAGGGCGGCAAGGUGGUGGACUUCCACACUUGUGACUUCUUUCCCGAGCGUUGGUUCGACCUGGUAGUGGUGCUUCGUGUGGACAACACAACGCUCUUCGACCGCCUGCAGAAGCGUGGCUACUCGGAGAAAAAAGUGGCCGAGAACGUCGAGUGCGAGAUCAUGGAGGUGAUACUGCAGGAGGCGCGGGAGAGCUACGCGCCCGAGAUCGUGCAGGAGUUAUCAAGCUGCACUGUGGAGGACAUGGAGAGCAACAUCGAGCGUGUGCUCACGUGGGUGCAGCACUGGAUGACGCAGCACGCGGACAACUAAACGAUAGAGGACAAGGAUAAACAAGCAUUAUGCUUUGUAAAUGUAAAGAGGGGUUGAUUGCGAUU